UGCAGUCGACUCAAGAUGUCAACCAGAGAUACACAUAUAUUUCAAACUGAACAGUUGUUGUCUUUCCAUCAAAAAAAGAUUUAUAUUUUAGCCCCUCGGACAAAGUAUCGCUUAUUUAUUAUUCUGAUUCUGGGUCUUAUAUCGGGAUUUAGCUUAACACGUUUUUUCUCACAAUUUGCUACCCAUACAACUAAAGAUUCUUGUAAAGGCCCCACCAGUGUUAUGGGUCUUGAUAACACUUCUAUUGCCGAUAAGUUGAAGAAGGAAGUUCGUGUUCUCUGCUGGAUAAUGACCACUCCAAAGUAUCACAGGGCCAAGGCCCGCCACGUGAAACGUACUUGGGCUAAACGCUGUAAUAUUUUACUAUUCAUGAGCACGACUGAGGAUGGAGAAUUGCCUACGGUAAAGUUGAAUGCAACCGAGGGCCGUGAGAAUUAUUAUCGAAAAAUGGAAGAGGCCCUCAAGUAUAUCUAUAAGCAUUAUUACAACGAUGCCGAUUGGUUCUACAAGGCCAAUGACGACACAUAUGCUGUGAUUGAGAAUCUUCGUUAUAUGCUCUAUCCGUAUAAUCCUCAAACCCCCGUACACUUUGGUUUGACCUCCUCCCCCCACGUAAAUAACACUGGAGACGAUUAUGUUCUUAGUCGUGAAGCCCUACGUAGAUUUGUGAAAGAAGGUAUACCCAAUUCGGAAAAAUGCUUACCCGCCACAGUAGUCAAUGAGGCUAUCGAAAUUGGUCGCUGUUUAAAGUAUUUGAAUGUCAUUGCUGGGGAUUCCCGCGAUUCCAAAGGUCUUGAUAGGAUGGUUCCCUGUGUGGCGCCAAAAUUUUUAUCUCUGGUCAGAUUUGAUAAGAAAUAUUGGAAUGGUACCUAUCCAUCCUCCACGGAAACAUGUCCCACCUGUUGUUCCGACUUGGCAAUCUCCUGGCAUUUGGUACAUUUUCAUCACAUGUAUGUUUUGAACUAUCUAAUCUACAAUUUAAAAGCGUAUGGCCUAGUAAAAUCGUUGGAUCCUCUGAAUGCUAAAUUAGAUGUGGGUAAAGUUUUGCCAGCUUCAAUACAUAAAAAUUCCAUAGAGCAAAUAUACAAUGCCGAAAAUCGCAAUUUGUCAAGCCAUGAAAGACGCAUACAAACGUAAAGAAAUUGUGUAAUAGAAGAAUUAAAUAAUAAAUGAAAAAGUUGACAAGGAAA